AUAGUUCUCUUUUCCUUCCUGGCUGCUUGAAGAUCAGCCGCCAUUAUGAACGACACGGUAACUAUCCGGACAAGGAAGUUCAUGACCAACCGACUACUUCAGCGGAAACAAAUGGUCAUCGAUGUCCUUCAUCCUGGGAAGGCAACAGUACCUAAGACAGAAAUUCGGGAAAAACUAGCCAAAAUGUACAAGACCACACCAGAUGUCAUCUUUGUGUUCGGAUUCAGAACCCAUUUUGGUGGUGGCAAGACAACUGGCUUUGGCAUGAUUUACGAUUCCUUGGAUUAUGCAAAGAAGAAUGAGCCCAAACACAGGCUUGCAAGACAUGGCCUGUAUGAGAAGAAAAAGACCUCGAGAAAACAGCGGAAGGAACGCAAGAACAGAAUGAAGAAAGUCAGGGGGACUGCAAAGGCCAAUGUUGGUGCUGGCAAAAAGCUCUGCUCCAUGCAUCUUCAUCUUAGGAUCCAGACUGAUGGAAGAGCUCCCAUCUGGGACAUGAGAAUCUCAUGGCAGAGGGAAAAAGAGCAAAGGCGGAACCUUGUGAUGGCUCUUAGAGUUCCUGCUUAGAUAAGGGGAAGCUAAGCUUUCUGGGAACAGAGGCUAUUCCUCCUCCAGGGCUGCAUGUGGGGAACAUAAUCAGGUAACAGUGGAUGUUCAGUACCGCCAGGCAGUACUGAUUGAAGAGUCUAGCCCAUGGACACCAUUUUGGUUCAUUCAAAAUAGAAGAUACUUUGAAAUAACCUGGAGCCCUCACCUGGAUUACGGUUCUUUAAUAAAGCUUUGAAAUAUGGACAAUA